AUGGCAACUUUAACCAACCAACCAUCUAAGAAAGCGAUUCGCAGCCCGGGCGCAUCUGCGAAUUCCACAAGCAUUCGUGCUGCGAGUGGACAAACGGUUAAGUUUGCUCGAAGAACAUCGAGCGGUCGGUAUGUUAGUUUGUCGAGAGAAGAUCUCGACAUGUCGGGAGAGGUUUCGGGGGAUUAUAUUAACUACACGGUGCAUAUUCCUCCAACACCGGAUAAUCAACCGAUGGAUUCGUCAAUAGCGAGCAAAGCGGAGGAGCAAUACGUCUCGAACUCGUUGUUUACCGGUGGAUUCAACAGCGUUACACGAGCACAUCUUAUGGAUAAGGUGAUAGAUUCCGAGGUUACUCAUCCUCAAAUGGCCGGAGCUAAGGGAUCUUCGUGUGCCAUGCCGGCUUGUGAUGGCAAGGUCAUGAAAGACGAGCGGGGUAAAGAUAUCACUCCUUGCGAAUGCAGGUUUAGAAUAUGUAGGGAUUGCUAUCUUGAUGCCUUGAAGGAAACAGGACUAUGUCCUGGCUGCAAAGAGCCCUACAAAGUGGGAGACUAUGAGGAAGAUUCCAACGAGUAUUCAGCAUUGCAAUUACAUGGCCCAGAUGGGUCUAAAGGUGGCUCACAAAACAUGUCAAUGAUGAAGCUAAACCAAACUGGUGAGUUUGACCACAACAAAUGGUUGUUUGAGUCAAAGGGAACUUAUGGAGUUGGUAGUGCCUAUUGGACUCCGGAGGACGGUUACGGCAACGGUGGCAACGACAACUUCGGUGACGGGAUGAUGGAGGCAAUGGACAAGCCAUGGAAACCGCUGAGCCGAACGUUUCCGAUCCCAGCAAGCAUCAUCAGUCCUUACAGGCUAUUGAUAUUAGUAAGAUUUGUGGUGUUGGGUUUCUUUUUGCAUUGGAGAGUGCGACAUCCAAAUGAGGAUGCAAUAUGGCUAUGGCUAAUGUCUAUUGUUUGUGAGAUAUGGUUUGCUUUCUCUUGGAUUCUUGAUCAAAUUCCGAAGCUAUGUCCCGUUAAUCGCGCGACCGAUCUUCAAGUCCUUUACGACAAGUUUGAUGCACCGUCUCCGUUGAAUCCCACCGGCCGUUCCGACCUCCCGGGAGUCGACUUGUUUGUAUCCACAGCCGACCCUGAAAAGGAACCGGUUCUCGUGACUGCUAAUACCAUAUUAUCCAUCCUUGCAGUUGAUUAUCCAGUUGAGAAACUUGCAUGUUACGUCUCUGAUGACGGAGGCGCUCUCUUGACAUUUGAGGCAAUGGCGGAGGCUGCGAGUUUCGCAGAUUUGUGGGUACCGUUUUGUCGUAAGCACGAUAUCGAGCCGAGGAAUCCCGAAAGCUAUUUUAGUUUAAAAGUGGAUCCAACGAAGAACAAGAGUAGAUCGGAUUUUGUGAAGGAUAGAAGGAAGAUCAAGCGGGAGUACGACGAGUUUAAGGUUCGAACAAACGGGCUCCCGGACUCGAUUAGGAGGCGAUCGGAAGCUUUCAAUGCAAGGGAAGAGAUGAAGAUGUGGAAGCUCAUGAAAGAAAAGGGAGGACCAGAUGCCAUGGAGCCAAUUAAGGUUCAAAAAGCAACAUGGAUGGCUGAUGGCUCACAUUGGCCUGGCACUUGGGUUGUCCCUACUGGCGACCAUUCUAAGGGCGACCACUCCGGAAUUCUUCAGGUGAUGCUAAAGCCUCCAAGCCACGACCCGUUAUUGGGGAGCACAGACGAGAAGAUCAUAGACUUCACAGAUGUCGACAUUCGUCUUCCGAUGUUCGUAUACAUGUCUCGUGAGAAACGACCCGGGUACGAUCAUAACAAGAAGGCGGGAGCCAUGAAUGCCCUUGUAAGAUCUUCAGCCGUUUUGUCAAAUGGUCCAUUCAUUCUCAACCUUGAUUGUGAUCAUUACAUCUACAAUUGCAAAGCCAUCAAAGAGGGAAUGUGCUUCAUGAUGGACCGUGGUGGGGAGGACAUAUGUUACAUUCAAUUCCCUCAAAGAUUUGAAGGCAUUGAUCCUUCCGAUCGGUACGCCAAUCAUAACACGGUCUUCUUCGAUGGUAAUAUGAGAGCGCUCGAUGGAAUACAGGGUCCGGUGUACGUCGGGACGGGUUGUAUGUUUAGGCGGUUCGCGCUCUACGGGUUCGACCCGCCGCAACCCGAUAAGAUGAAACAGGCUAAAAGUGAUCAGCCUGAAACACAACCGUUGCAGCCAACUGACUUUGAUCCUGACCUUGAUGUGAAUCUACUUCCCAAGCGUUUUGGAAAUUCCACAAUGUUGGCUGAGUCUAUAUUGGUUGCUGAGUUUCAAGGUCGCCCGAUUGCUGAUCAUCCCGCGGUUAAGUACGGACGACCUCCCGGGGCCUUGAGGGUUCCACGUCAACCGCUCGACGCUGCAACGGUCGCUGAAGCUGUCUCGGUCAUUUCGUGUUGGUACGAGGACAAAACGGAAUGGGGUGAUCGAGUAGGAUGGAUUUAUGGAUCGGUUACAGAGGACGUUGUCACGGGUUAUCGUAUGCAUAACCGUGGAUGGCACUCAGUGUAUUGCAUUACCAAGCGUGAUGCGUUUCGUGGGUCAGCUCCGAUUAAUCUAACGGAUCGUCUCCAUCAAGUGCUUCGAUGGGCAACAGGUUCAGUCGAGAUUUUUUUCUCAAGAAACAAUGCUAUUCUCGCUACGAGACGCCUCAAAUUUCUCCAACGCCUUGCAUACCUUAACGUCGGCAUCUAUCCCUUCACCUCGAUCUUCCUCAUCGUCUAUUGCUUCCUCCCGGCACUCUCUCUUUUCUCCGGGAACUUCAUUGUCCAAUCACUCAACGCCACUUUCUUAAUCUACCUUCUCAUCAUCACAAUAUGUUUGAUUUCAUUAGCCAUUCUCGAAGUGAAAUGGUCAGGCAUUGGGUUAGAAGAAUGGUGGAGAAACGAACAAUUUUGGCUCAUUUCAGGCACGUCAGCUCACUUAGCGGCGGUAGUACAGGGGCUUUUGAAGGUGAUAGCAGGGAUAGAGAUCUCAUUCACGUUAACGUCGAAGUCAUCAGGUGACGAAAACGAAGACAUCUACGCGGAUUUAUACCUCGUGAAAUGGACAUCGUUAAUGGUGCCACCAAUUGUGAUAGCGAUGAUGAACAUCAUAGCCAUGGUGGUGGCAUUUUCAAGGACAAUAUACAGCACAGUGCCACAAUGGAGCAAGUUCAUUGGUGGGGCGUUUUUCAGCUUUUGGGUAUUGGCCCAUUUGUACCCAUUUGCGAAGGGGCUGAUGGGAAGGAGAGGAAAGACACCGACAAUUGUGAUAGUUUGGUCUGGUUUGAUAGCCAUAACGCUGUCUUUGUUGUGGAUAGCCAUAAGCCCACCCAAGGCAGAGGAUGCUGAUGCUGCCAUUGGUGGAGGAGGCUUUGAGUUCCCAUAA